CCGGCUGCGGGUCCCCCCGCCCUCCGCUCCGCUCCCUGCCCUUCCCCGCGGCCGCCCGGAACUCGCAGCGGCGGCCGGCCAUGGUGAAGAUCGUGACGGUAAAGACCAAGCCGUACGGCGACCAGAAACCCGGUACCAGCGGGCUGCGUAAACGGGUGACCGUCUUCCAGAGCAAUGCCAACUACACCGAGAACUUCAUCCAGAGCAUCCUGGCCACCGUGCCGCCGGCCGAACGGCAAGAGGCCACGCUGGUGGUGGGGGGGGACGGCCGCUUCUACAUGAGGGACGCCAUCCAGCUCAUCGUCCGCAUCGCCGCCGCCAACGGGAUUGGCCGCUUGGUCAUCGGGCAGAACGGCAUUCUCUCCACCCCAGCGGUGUCCUGCAUCAUCAGGAAAAUCAAAGCCAUCGGUGGCAUCAUUCUGACAGCCAGCCACAACCCCGGUGGGCCCAAUGGGGAUUUUGGCAUUAAAUUCAAUAUUGCCAAUGGAGGUCCUGCUCCUGAAGGUAUCACGGACAAAAUUUUCCAAAUCAGCAAGAAAAUUGAAGAGUAUGCAAUCUGCCCAGAUCUCCAGGUGGACCUGAGCACCAUUGGGAAACAGCAGUUUGACUUGGAGAACAAAUUUAAACCAUUUACAGUGGAAAUUGUGGACUCGGUAGAAGCUUAUGCGAAUAUGCUGAGGAACAUCUUUGACUUCAAUGCAUUAAAGGAACUGCUUUCAGGGAAAAACCACCUCAAGAUUCGCAUAGAUGCUAUGCAUGGAGUUGUGGGCCCUUACGUGAAAAAGAUCCUGUGCGAGGAGCUCGGAGCCCCGGCAAAUUCGGCGGUGAACUGCACCCCGCUAGAGGACUUUGGUGGCCACCAUCCUGACCCCAACUUAACCUACGCUGCUGACCUCGUCCAGACCAUGAAGACGGGAGAGUAUGACUUUGGAGCUGCCUUUGAUGGAGAUGGGGAUCGCAACAUGAUUCUUGGGAAACACGGCUUCUUUGUGAACCCCUCCGACUCCGUCGCUGUCAUCGCUGCCAAUAUUUUCAGUAUCCCUUAUUUCCAGCAGACUGGAGUCCGUGGCUUUGCCCGGAGCAUGCCCACCAGUGGGGCUCUCGAUAGGGUGGCCCAUGCUACAAAGAUUGCUUUGUAUGAAACUCCAACUGGCUGGAAGUUCUUUGGAAACUUGAUGGAUGCAAACAAACUGUCUCUGUGUGGAGAGGAAAGUUUUGGUACUGGCUCCGACCACAUCCGUGAGAAGGACGGGCUGUGGGCUGUCCUGGCUUGGCUGUCCAUCCUAGCCACCCGCAAGCAGAGCGUGGAGGACAUCAUGAAGGAUCACUGGCAGAAAUACGGCAGGAAUUUCUUCACCAGAUACGACUAUGAAGAGGUGGAUGCAGAUGCAGCUAACAAAAUGAUGAAGGAUUUGGAGACUGUGAUGUUUGACCGCUCCUUUGUGGGGAAGCAGUUAUCAUGUGGUGACAAAGUCUACACAGUUGAGAAAGCUGAUAAUUUUGAGUACAAUGAUCCUGUGGAUGGAAGUGUCUCCAGAAACCAGGGCUUGCGGCUCAUCUUCUCUGAUGGCUCCCGCAUCAUCUUCAGACUAAGUGGUACAGGCAGUGCUGGAGCAACUGUGCGGCUGUACAUCGACAGUUAUGAGAAAGAUGCUCAGAAGAUACAUGAAGACCCACAGGUCAUGUUGGCACCUCUCAUUUCUAUUGCACUGAAACUUUCACAGCUUCAUGAAAGAACCGGCCGCACCGGUCCGACCGUCAUAACAUAAAACCUUGGUCAGACACCGUGUUGGAGUGCACACCGAGUGAGGGAAGUCAGCCUGUCUCCCCUUUUAUUGUCAAAUCUGUCACUAAAAGAGGAAUAUUAAUUUUAUCUCUGUAUUUAAGAACACUAUUGAACUGCUAAAGAUAGACAAUAAAACCCAGCCCCUGUCAGCACUUUGUGUGCACGUUGCUGUGCUGCUUUUCUGCGUCACACAGCGCUGCUGGCAAUUUGUGUAUGGUGCUCAUUAGCACAGCCUUUUGGUUUAGCAUAUGUAUUUUUUUUUUUUUUUCUUAAACAAAAGGCUCUAGAAAUAACAAAGAGACUAAGUUCUUCAAUAGCACAGAGGUUUUUUUCUAUCUUGGAAACUUUCCUGGAAAAGAAGCACAAAUACUUUAUCGUUGUUAGUACAUAGUCUUUUAAAUGUGAUGUCUCUGAAUCAGCAAUGGCUGUGUAUUAAGGCUGAGUAUUUUUCGUAGUAGGUGGAUUUUUCCCUUUCAAAAACAAAUUAUGUAAAUUGACCUCCAUUUGCCUUCUGUAUAAGAAAAAACCCACAACAAACCCUCCACACAGAAAUGAGCAAUAACAAGCAUUGCAGGAUAUUAAAGUGAUACAGGCUACAA